CCGGGACCAGCCAUACUUUCUACUACGAACGCUUUCCCAAGUGUUGCGGACGCGCGUCUUGACCACUUCCACAACCGACAAUCACUAUGUCAGACCGUGAAUUCAGCUCGAACGACGACCUGUCGCUUCCCAAAGCGACGGUCCAAAAGAUUAUUACCGAAAUCCUACCGAAUUCAUCCGGCCAGACCUUCUCCAAGGACGCUCGCGACCUGCUCAUGGAGUGCUGCGUCGAAUUCAUCACCCUGAUUUCCUCCGAAGCGAACGACAUCAGCGAGAAGGAAGCCAAGAAAACAAUCGCCUGCGAACAUGUGGAGCGCGCUCUGCGGGAUCUCGGGUUUAGCGACUACAUCCCGGACGUUCUCGCGGUCGCGGAGGAGCACAAGGAACAGCUGAAGUCGCGAGAAAAGAAGCAGAGCAAGAUGGAGCAGAGCGGGUUGUCGGAGGAGGAGCUUCUCCGGCAGCAGCAGGAACUGUUCCGGUCGGCGACGGAGAAAUACCAUGCGGCGCCGGAGUGAACGAGGCGGACGUAUACAUACGAGAAAAGUAAUGCGGUUGGUCUCAUGCUGGUCAUAGAGGAUCUGGGUUUGGAGUUCGACGUUCCAGGACGGACAUGCGGAGUUUGGGCGGGUCUGCCAUUAAGAUGUUUAUCGGGAAAGGGCCUCUAUUUACUCUUCCCUCUCUUCACUUUAUCCGUUAGUCUGACUGGUCUCUUCUGGUUUACAUUGGAGUCAUUAUACGAUUUCUCGGGGACUGAGGAGACGCCAUCCUCGUCGUUUUUGCUAAAGCCGCUGGUUUAUACGUUUGGACCGGAGUUCGAGCGCUAAUAAUCUCUUUGCCUGUUGGCCACGGGCUGAAGUUGUAUAGUACUGAGGGGUAUCUACAAUUGAGCCUGCAAUUGACUGGACUCGCU